GAGAGGUGGAAAAAAAAAAAAAGAAACAAGUAGUCGAGGCGCUCGUGGAAACAGGAAGCAUUACAAACGGGGGAAAGCCGAGCAGAGGUUGUUGUUUAAAAACUUCCGAAGGGAGCGCUCUGUCUUUUACCUCCCCGUUAUUUCGAGCUCUUUAAACUGACAGUGCAGCCAGUCCGUUGCUUGGACACCGCGCGCUGACGGAGGGAAGCUCGCGCGCUUCGCGCCGAAGUGGAUGGACCUGAUCGGGGUCUCGGUUUAUUUGCCCUCCCUCACUGUUCACCACGCUGGAAUGAACACCUCCUUACUGUUACCGUAUUGUUUUAAAGGCAGGGCGUGACAUUCCAUCGUUUAAACGCGGCCCUGGUCGAUUUUACCGGAGUAUUUUGACGUUUGAAGAAGUCUUCAGUCCGUCUGACAGGAACGGUGUAACGUUACGCGCAGGCAGCCUGAGCUAACGCGAGCUAGCGACUUAGCUGCUAAUGUCAACUAACAUGGAGGGAGAGGUGCAUGCGUUACAUAACAACCAAACGCAAUUAAACCACCGACUUUUGACACCGAGCAAGCACAGUUAUGGACGUGAAUUAAUCUCCAAAGAAUAAAACUGUCCAUAAACAUUUAUUUGGGAGAGAUGGAGUCGAACCCGCUGAUCAGCGCAAUGGAUCCGUCCAUUACAUUGUGGCAGUUCCUGCUACACCUGCUGGAUGAUCAGAGUCAGAAGCACUUGAUCUCCUGGACAUCUGGGGAUGGGGAAUUCAAACUGCUGGAUGCUGAGGAGGUGGCAAGACUGUGGGGGCUGCGCAAGAACAAAACCAACAUGAACUAUGAUAAACUGAGCAGGGCACUACGUUACUACUAUGACAAGAAUAUUAUUAAGAAAGUUAGCGGCCAGAAGUUCGUCUAUAAGUUUGUGACCUUUCCGGACCCCAACUCUGCUGAUGGGCUGAAAGGACCUGAGGAUUUCCAGAGGGCCACUACGGGGGAGAAACUGGAGCUGUCUAUUCAGACCAAAUCUAACACAGGUGCUAACGCCACCAACCCAUGCCUCUCCAAGAGCCUGCAGGUUCAGCGCUCCUCCCCUAGCUCGGUGCAACGCAGCUCUCGCAACGAUUACAUGAAGUCUGGUCUCUACUCCACUUUCACUAUCCAGUCUCUACAGACGCCCUGCAAAACUGCAUCCAAAUUCAUCAAAACAGAGCAUGUCCUGAGUGACAACAGCCCCAAACCUGCUUCUCUGGACCGCACAGUGCAUGAGAUGCGAAUGUGUCAGACAGAAGCUGCUCAGGCACAGUCGACUAUGGAGAGCAGCAGUUUGCAGGUGAUAGUGACCCACCCCUCCCCAUGUGCUACACCUGCCCUGAGCCCACGGACGCCCUCUGGAUCUGCCACUGCAACCACGAAUACUCAAGCACAGAAGAGCCAGAAUUUGGGUGACCCACCCCAGAUCUACCUGUCCGAUCCUAGCUCUUUGACCUCGCUCAUUCCUCUAGCUCAUGGAGAAUGUGUUGUCAACCCCUCUCAGCCGGUGUUUGUGGUCAUAAAGCCUUCGUCUGUCGGGCUGCCCAAAGAGUCCAGCCUCCCGUCUGAAGAAGACUUGCUGGAGAUUGUUGAUUUGGAUGAAAAAACAGAUGUUGAGCCAGUGUCCCCAGUGCCUGUCUCUGGAGUUACAGAUGCCCCAAUCCCUGUGGAUGCUCCAUCACCCUGCAUGGAACCAGUGGCCCAGCCGGUUGGAGAAGGGGAGGUGAAAGCGAAGCCUGAGCUACCUGAGGACACCAAUACUGCCUCAGCCUCCCUCCCGGCGAGCACGCAGGAAGUCCAGCCUCCUAAAUCAAAGAAGCCACGUGUGCUGGAACUGCCAUCUUCGUCUACGCUGCUGCCCCCUGGACUCUCGCUGGAUAAGGUCAAUGCAGCGGUGAAUAGCCUUCUGGCUCCUGGCAGUGCCACAAACACCUUAACACCCACUGUUAUCACCUCCCAUGCCCUGACUCCAGUGCUGCUGACACCGAGUCCGCUGCCAUCAACCAUACACUUCUGGAGCACGCUUAGUCCAAUCGCUCCACGCAGCCCUGCCAAGCUCUCCUUCCAGUUCCCCUCCAACGGAAGCAAUCAGAUCCAGAUCCCAGCACUGAGCGUGGACGGCCUAUCCACACCUGUUGUUCUCUCCCCUGGACCACAGAAACCAUAAAUCUUCGAUUUAAUUCCCUUAUCUCCUGCCAUAGUGAUUGGCUCCCUUCCCAGCCAAUGAAAUGCUGAGGAUGGCCAAUGAAAGAUGGGACACUCCAUAACAAGUUCUGCUGUGAGUUGGGCGGGGCCUCUGCUCCAAUGACAACUCGGCAAGGGGAGUGCGCUCUUAGCCGUCCUUCAAGAUUGGUUGACGGAGCAGCCCGGUUCUGGGCUUGAUGGUGGCGUUUGCAUAGACUAUUUGGUCUUUUAUUUUCCCUUUGCUUUUUAUAUGAUCAUCAACGGUUAUUUAUUUAUUUCUGAUGUUUCUUGGUGCAUCGCGAGAUGCAUGUUCCCGAAAGCUCAUUUGAAUUUGGAACUCAGAGAUCUCACUUCAUUUUUGAUUUCUCUCAAUAACAUUGAGUUAUUGACCAGGCGAGGUAUCCUUUGAUUGAAUCGAGGCAUGAAAUGCCACAGACGGAGCAUAGCUUUCUUAAAAACUUCUUUUUUUGGAAAUGGAAAGCAUGCAUUUGAAACCUGCAAGUUCAUUUCUUUCUUUGGCAUUACAGAGACACAAUUACAUAAUUUUUAGUAUAUAACACACUGUUGUUUUAAAGCUUUUGUGUUUUUCCAUGGACAAAGGUGUCCAUUUUACUAAUGUGGCAUUGAAAAUGCCAGAGGAAUGUCACGGCCAUUCCCAGGAUUUGAAGAGGUGGAACCAGGGAGGAAAAGAUACAAAGAGAUUCUGAAUGAUAUCAAGAUCUGGAAUGUAUCAAUCUUUUUCUUCUAUGACAUCAUUCCUUUAUUUCAGAACUUUCUUCUUGUAAAUAUAUGUUGCACCCAUUCCAAGAUUUGAAAUAUUGACUUUUUUUGUUCUUGCUUUUCUGUUUUUGUUGUUGUUGUUGUUUUCAGUAAUUCUAUCAAGGAGCCCUUUCUCUGGCAGCAUCGACAAAGCAGGCAAAGGUUUCACAGCGAAUCUUUGCAGUUCCGUGCUUUUUUUUUUUUUUUUUUUUUUUACUUCUGAAGUAAACGCCAGAGGAGACCAAAGACCAGCUGUUUAUAUACAAUCCAUCUUAGCGUCGCUAUCGUUUUUUGUUUUUUUUCCCUUAUGUUUUGCAUUUUCUCUUGCUCUCGUCUUUAUUUUUACUCUGCCGCAUCAAAGGGCUAUAAGAACCUUCACGCAACCAAAACGCUAACACAUCCGACACUGUAUAUAACUGAUACAUGUGACUCGCCAGCUAUAAUUGUAGAACUCAAUAAUCGUUGUAAAUAAAGUAAUUUAUGGCAGAACAGGAAGUAUGUAGCUUCAGCUGCUCUUGAUAUCGUUCGUCGUUUUGUGCGGCCUGCCUCUUAUGCUAUGUUCAUCUGAUGUGUCAAAAUCACACUCACGGUUGUUACCUCAAAGCUGUCAACAGCUCGACGCGUCAAAGCAGGCACGCAUAUACAUUGCAACUGACAAACAAAGCCAACGAUUAUUUGCAUAUCUUCUUGCGCUUGUAGUUUGCGUGUGAAGCUCAAGUUUCCUGUGGGGAAAUCAUGGUGGUUAAAUAUAGCAUUCUACAGAAAGCUGUAGUCAGUGUUUAUGGACAGUAACUGCCUCCAUGGCAUACAGCCUUUUCUGUAUGGCCAUUAAUAUCAUUUGACCCAAGUUUGUCGAACUCGCACGUGAGAUCCUUAUUUUCAAUAUUAAGAACGCGGUCUAUCACUUUAAAACAUUUUGGCUCUUUAAGUUGGUGCUUUUUGUUGUUUUGAUAUCUGCGUAAUUGUAACGAACUCGGGAGGAUUUGCUCGUAGCAUGCUGCAAUUAAGCUUAAGCGUGUCACCUCUCUCCUGCAUUUUGUUCCGAACUUUUCUGUUCUCAGUGAACGACUGUUUGUUGUCAGAUGAAGCGCUUUCGAAAAGCCUCGCAGAUCAGUCAGUGUUCACCACUGCUCUUGGUGUCGCUCUGAUAUGUACGAUGAUGUCAUGGACGCCCACAAGUCGACACAUUGAAUGUUUUCUUCGGGUGGGCAUUUUGGGAGUCGCCCACUCACGUUACCACAUACGCUAAACUCAGUGACCUUAUAUCAUGAUCAAAUUCACACGCAGCAAAUUGAUUUUCAUCGGUGAGUUACUUGUGGUUCUUUUACACCAUGCAUUGGGCAAAACAAUAAGCCUGCAAUAUCAAAGAGCUCACUGUGAUGAUGAAUUUAGUGAUUUGUGAGUAAUACUUUCCCGUUCUUGAUCUUUAAUGCAGUGUGUUAAGUCUGCAGUACUGCUUUCAGCCGUCUUGUCGCUUUCCUCUCAAGCUUGUCUGGAUCGCUGGGAUUGUUUGUGCCUCUGAACGUUUGUGCGGCUAUGCUCUGUAAUGCGCUGUGAAUGCGUUUUAACGGCUGAUGUCUUUGAGCUAAACUCCUCCUAUUUCCCUUGCUCUGAUGCUGCUGUUACUUUUACUGUACAUCAGCACUGAUCAAUACAGCGACAGCAUACUGUGCACGGUUCCCCGAAAUGAACUAUUACAUCGUGCUGACUUUAUUUCUCCCCAGACAAGUUGUUUACAAACUAGCAAGCUUAAAAGACAGAAAUAGCGAGCCAUAUCUAUUUAAAACUAUUUCUGUUUUACAAAUGCAGAAAAAAAAAGUCAAAUAUUGUAAUGUUAACAAGCCUUUGUCAUGUUGAUGAAAUCGCUGCCCCCUUUCAGAUGAUGAAAAUAAUGCUGCACGUCUCUGGACCUACAAAAGACUGUUUGGGUAUCAUAAUACCACAUUAAAUAGGCCUUAAAGUUGGAUUUCUGGAUAUGUGCUAAUCCACUGCUAAUGAACUAUUUUGGUAUUAAUAGCUUCUAAAAGAAACCUUUUUUCUAAAGACAUCCCAGAAUCUUCAUACGGAGUAAUGUUAAUCAGUAAUAUUUAUUUUCCUUUUAACAAACAAAGCUCCAGCUGAAAUUUUUAUUUCCAUCUUAAUAGAAUUAAAAUUUUGCAAGUUUUGUGCAAAAAAAUAAAAAAAUGAUUGUUGGUAACCAGCAUGUGUUAAUGUUCUAGUCACUGAAACCUUUAUGCAAAUAAAGACACGCGUUACAUAAAAAAGCCAUUUAUUGAAUAAUUGAUUGGACCGUGGAGAUGUUGGCUGAGACGGUUUUUCUCCUUUUGUAGAGGAGUCUCUAAAUUAUUUCUUAAUACCAGCAGAUUUCAUACCAUGUACAAGUUUCCAUUUUUCCAUAUUUCUUAUUGAGAAAACCUGUUUAAUGCUUGUUACCUGCUUAUAAAGUCACAAAUCCAAGCACCAAACUGGAGACGGUGGAGUUGAUACUUGUGUGGCUCAAAACUGUUAAGACAUUUGCCUCGUUUUGCUUUUCAAGUUACUGAAUUUGAACAUCUGCAGUUGUCAGAUGGUGUAAUAAGUCUUUUCACUUGUUUUUUCUCUUUGAAAUGUUAUGUGGGAACUGUUAACGUAUUGUAUGAUUCUAUAUUCAAUAAUGUGUUGGGAAAUCUUGCUCUACGCGCAUAUUUGUGGUUUUUUUUUUUAGAAAAGAAAAAAAAAGUCUGCUACUUGUGUAAAGAGUGAUUACAUGGUCCUGUUGGACUCUUGGACUGUUGGGAAGCAGAUCUCUGCGGCCUGAGCUCCCUUUCCCAGAUGAGAAUCACUCUCUGGGAGUUUAUUUCAUAAAGGGAUGGAAAGGCUUUUAUUUUUCUGAACUGUCUAAAAACUAUAUUAUAUGUACUGAAAAGAGACAAAACUAUUUUUCAUCUGCACAUGCUACUUUGUUUGUGUAUGUGAUAGAUAUUAAUCUUGUUUUCUAAAGACAAAAGAGACUCGGAACUAAUAUGAAAGUUAUGAAUAAAAGGCUAUUUUGUUCUUUA